UGAAUGAAACUGUUGUUGAAAUUUCUCAUCGAGAGAAGCAGAAGAAGUGGAAGACGGUUGUUCUGACGAGUUUUAACCUUAUUUGAUCAAAGAAGUGAUAUGGCAGAGACUCCCCCAGAUGAUUCUGUUUUUGAUGAUCCUCCUCCGCCAAUUCCAAGGAGACCAAGCAGGUCACCAUCUCCUACGUUGAUUUUUCCUCUCCCUAAAUCUUCUACAAGGGCAGUUGAUGCAUCUGCAACUCAUGUCUCAUCAACACCAGUCCACGACACCAAUUCCAAUAUAGUUUCUACAAGUGAUGGUGAUGAUUUUCCCUUUAACCCAGUGGAAAAUGUACAGGAUCAGUCUCAGAAUAGCUUGGGAGCACUGGGCAGUGCCCUUCAACGUCGGCUCUCUCAGUCUCCAGAGGGACGGAGAGCUCGUCAGAGACGCCGAAAGUCAUCUAAAGACACUCCCCAGACUAAGGAAGAUCAGGCUAUAUCUGCCAACUCAACCCCCUUGAGGUCAGGUCCAGUUGUCACAGAUUUAGAUCAGGCCAUGGCACAGAUGGAUCAGUUGAAGUUACGCACAAUUUUUGGAGAUCAAGUGACAGAGAGCGAGUCUGCAAGUGUGCCUACUACUCCAGAGAGUAUGUCCAAUAGUGUCCUCAAUGGUCAAGAUGGUGACGAGACCAACAUAGAUGAUGAACCACCCAGUGCUAAGAUGAUUGCAAGUUUGAAACAGAAGUCCCUGGAAGCUGAACUGUCUCAAGAUAUUCCAAGCACCCCCAAGGCAGCACCAAUGUCUGGCAGAAGGCGGAGGUCCUGCAAUAAAGAGAGAUAUACGCCUUCUCUCAGUUUUGAUGAUGCGAUUAAGUGGCCCGAUAGUCUCCCUCAGGAUUUGAGUAUAGAAACAUCUGAAGGAUUCAGUGGUGAGGCCCUCUCCACCUGGUUGUGCUGUCUGUUUGACGAGUCUCAUUACCUGUAUGCGACCUUGUCCCGGCAUGACUUCCGAGUGAUUGCCUCACAGUUUUGCACUCAUCUCUUGGCAGCUGGUGUUCUGAAAGAAGAGGAUAAAAAACACAAGGGGAACAUCUUCAAGGUAGGGCUAAUAUGUGAUUGUCAGUUAUGAUAUACACUUAUCAGGCAUUCAAGCCCAUCAGAGCCUGUUACUACUUGUGGAGCUAUAAUUUUCUCAUCAACCCAUAGUGAGUCUUUGGUUCCUUGACUUAAAAAAAAAAUUUUGACUGUCACUGAAAUUUGUUCUCUAAUCCCCAAGCCACUGACAACCCUGACUUGGUCAGUUGAUACUAAAGGUGUAAAACACUUUGUUGAAACAGAGGUGAACUGUGAAAUUUUGUUUAGACUGAGGAAGAAAAUUCUCUAAUU